UAGUGCAUGCCACAGAGUGCGAAUGCUUGAAAAUUAGGAAGUGGGAGGGGCUGAAUGCUGCAAGACCACGAGGUUGAAGAUGGCUGUCCAAUGGUCCUCUGAGCAUGAGAAGCAGGAUGCCUUGUUGCUGCUGUGUCGAGACCUCAUAUCCUGUGUCAACAAGAUCAUGGACCCCUCGUCCAUUCAGGCAGAGAGAGCAGAGUGUAGUCAGAAAGUGGAGCAGUUCAAAGAUGAGAGUCCGUACUGUUUGAGGUGUGGCUUCAUUCUGUCCGAGGAGCACGUCCCUGUCAUCAGGCACUUUGGAUUGCAACUCAUGGAGCAUUUUGUUAAGUAUCGAUGGAGGAGCUUGAGUCUGGAUGAUGGCAGAGAGUUCCAACUGAACCUGCUUCAGUUCCUCUCAAAUAAACUCCUUCCUUAUGAUCAAGAGCCCACUUUCGUUAAGGAGGCUCUGGCUAGGGUCACCGUGGAAACAGCCAAAAAGAUGUGGCCGCAGAGAUGGGAUUCGUUUAUCACUGACUUGGGGACUGUCUCAAAGUGUGGGUCCACCCAGGUGGAGCUGGUGUUGCUAAUAUUUCGUCGUCUGGCUGAGGACAUCCACGGGUACGAGUCUGGCAUGACCUCAGGGCGUAAGAGGGAGAUGGCAGCUGCCCUCAACCAGCAGUCUCAGACAGUCUUCACUUUUCUCAUUAGCAACUUAGAGUCUCCUCUGUCGGAGCCCCUUCGUCAAACUGCCCUGAGCACGAUAGUCAGCUUUGUGGAGUGGGUGGAGUUUCCCACCCUCCUGAUGGAGGACGCCAAGCUCAUUAAGCUCCUCUACAACCUCAUAGGGAUGGAGGAACUUAAGACUGUCGCCUGUGAGUGUCUACUGCCUAUCCUCUCCAGAAAAGGUGAUGUUUGCAAGACAGAGGGAGACAGGACCACGAUUCUCUCAUUGCUUCUCUCCACUGAAGCUCUCAAUGGAAUCAUGGCUGCUUCAAUACUGGCCAACUCGCAAGGUGUGGUGGAGGAGCAAUACGUGUUCCUGAAGAGGGUGUGUCAAGUCCUGGUCCACUUGGGCACCUCUCAGCUGGCACUGCUCUGGACAUACUCUCUGACAUUCAAGCCUCCGGAGGCUCUGGAACUGUACCUCCAGGUUGUGGCUGAGUUCACUAAGCACGACAGCCAGGUAGCUAGCGCUGUCAUUGUGCAUGUAGCAUUAUAUAUUUAUGCCUAGUUACUUUCAUACACUGAAUCUAAGGUGUACAU